CCCCUGAAGAGGUAGUAGGUAGUAUGCGGCUGUUUUUUUCACGUGUUUUUUUCUUCUUCUCAAAAACAUAAAUAAAUAAACAAUCACCUACCAGAGAGGAAACAAUGUGUUUUCGUUGUUUAACUGAGCUCAGUCUUUAAAAACCUUUCCCCGGGAUCUAAUUGUGUUUUUAAAGUUUACAAAGGCAGACGACCAGUCGAAGGAAAACAACGGAUCUAUUUACAGUGAAGGCAGUGGGAACGGGGAGUGGGGGCGGCAGCGGAAUUAAUUAAUUAAAAUGCCCAUAGAGAGUGCGCGAGACAGUGAGAGAAUGUGACUGAAUAUUUUUUCAUUUCCAAUUAGGGAGCUCGAAAGGGGGAGAGAGGAGAAAAACCCAACCAGUCUAACUUACAAUUUGCACAAAAUCCUUCUUUCUGGAGGGAAAGUGGAGCAGCACCCUGACCAGUGGAGAUUCGUGUCUCAUUCGUUUGGCGUCCGGUACCGACUGGUUCUCAGGUUGGAUUUGUGUCAAUCAUUCUACUGAAAUUUCUUUCAUUACAGAACGAACUUUGUUCAUUUGCACAGCAACAUACCUGAUAGCUCCAGAUACAGGGCGAAUGGCUAAAAGUGUUUAUAAUUAGACACAACCUACACCCUAUGAGUAGACAUGUAAUCUUUAGUGAACCGGCAAGUGAUUAAACUGUCAACAAGCGCGCGCGAUACUCCGAAUGCUGAAGAUUCAUUCGGCUCCGCAUUUGUAAACAAAAUAUUCUUUCAAGACAGCGGCUGGGAAUAAUUACACUAAAUAGUGAUGACAUCAGCCACGCCCCCAUCCUCCCGGUGCUCCUCCCCUCAGAAGGUGCAUCACUCCCAGACACAAACAGAGGUGAUAAAGCCCCUUCUGGGCGGGGCUGCUGCUUUGCGCCAGAGGAGACGCGUGCUCUCUAAAGAUGGGCGGAGCAACGUACGCAUUGACCAUGUGAGUGGGCGGGGUGCGCUGUACCUACGUGACCUCUGGACGACCUUCCUGGACAUGCAGUGGCGCUACAAGCUCUUCCUAUUCUCUGCCACCUUUGCUGGAACCUGGUUCUUGUUCGGAGUAUUCUGGUACCUGGUGGCCCUUGUGCAUGGAGACCUGCUUGAGAUGGACCCCCCCUCGAACCACACGCCCUGUGUUAUGCAGGUUCAGACUCUGACAGGUGCCUUCCUCUUCUCCCUGGAGUCUCAGACCACCAUUGGCUAUGGCUUCCGCUGCAUCACAGAGGAGUGCCCAAUGGCGAUCCUCCUCCUCAUCUUGCAGCUGGUCAUCACCAUGGUUAUGGAGAUCUUCAUCACUGGCACCUUCCUUGCCAAGGUGGCCCGGCCUAAGAAGCGUGGUGAGACGGUGAAGUUCAGUCAGCACGCUGUGGUGGCCAGCCACGAGGGCCGGCCCUGCCUUAUGAUCCGUGUGGCCAACAUGCGCAAGAGCCUCUUAUUGGGCUGCCAGGUGACGGGGAAGCUGCUGCAGACGUCUCUGACUCAGGAGGGGGAGACGGUGCGUCUGGACCAGAGGAACGUGCCCUUCCAGGUGGACACGUCCAGCGACAGCCCCUUCCUCAUCCUCCCCCUCACCUUCUACCACGUCAUCGACGAUGCCAGCCCCCUGUGCUCGUGGGCAGCCAAGGGUGGGGGCUGGACCAAUCCAGAGCUGGCAGACUUCGAGCUGCUAGUGAUCAUGAGUGCCACAGUGGAGCCCACCUCUGCAACCUGCCAGGUGCGCACUUCCUACCUGCCGGACGAGAUCCUUUGGGGGUACGAGUUCCCUCCUGUGGUUUCCCUCUCCCCCUCGGGGAAGUACGUGGCUGACUUCUCCUUCUUCGACAAAGUGGCCAAAGCAAAGACCCCGCCCCUCUUGAAACAGGCUCCGCCCUCCAGCCCGCCCCUGCAGCGUUACCCUGGUAGCAGAGAGGGUGUGGCAGAAGGGGCAGAUCCAGAGAAGCUACGUUUAGAGCAGAUCUACAGGGAGAGAGGGGAGGAGAGAGGGAGGGUCCGAGAGAGUAGUCCUCACAGUGUCCAAAUCAGUAAUGUGUAGGGAAAGAGAACGGGAGACAGAAGGAGAGACAGAAGGUGCAAGGAGAGAGAGAGAUGGAGGAAUAGAGAGCGGGAGUGAGAGGAAAAGAGUGGGUGCAUGUAGACGGGUUGUUAAUGAUUACAGAACCGUAUGGGUCUUUAUGUGGAGAACAGCACAUCCCUGUGGAUAAGAAAAUAAGUGCAUGCAUUGAACUGUAUUAAUGAAACAUUGCCUCUGUAAAUGUCUGCAGUGUUCACUUUAAGAAAAAGAAUCGAACUUCAUCAGUUGAAUGAUUGUUAUAUGUAAAUGUGCUAUAUAUGUAUGGAAGUGUAGGGCAGCUGAGUACAAAAAUAGAACAAAAUUGCAAUGGCAUAGUGCUAAGUACUGUACACUGGCAGUGUGGUAACUGUAGUGUAGCAGUACCACACCUACACCAGGGAACUGUUACCUGCCCCUCUUCCUCCACACCAGCUGCUCACCUGUGCCUCUGUCUCUGUAGAGCUGCACAUCUGUGCCUCUGUAGAGCUGCUCACCUGUGCCUCUUCCCCUGUAGAGCUGCACACCUGUGCCUCUGUAGAGCUGCUCACCUGUGUCUCUGCUCCUGUAGAGCUACUCACCUGUGCCUCUGCUCCUGUAGAGCUACUCACCUGUGCCUCUGUCUCUGUAGAGCUGCACACCUGUGCCUCUUCCCCUGUAGAGCUGCUCACCUGUGCCUCUGCUCCUGUAGAGCUACUCACCUGUGCCUCUGUAGAGCUGCUCACCUGUCCCUCUUCCCCUAUAGAGCUGCUCACCUGUGCCUCUGAUGGUAAAUGGUAAAUGGACUGCAUUUAUAUAGCGCUUUUAUCCAAAGCGCUUUACAACUGAUGCCUCUCAUUAACCAGAGCAGUUAGGGGUUAGGUGUCUUGCUCAAGGACACUUCGACACACCCAGGGCGGGGCUCGAACCGGCAACCCUCCGACUGCCAGACAACCGCUCUUACCUCCUGAGCUAUGUCGCCCCUAUGUGCCUCUGUCUCUGUAGAGCUGCUCACCUGUGCCUCUUCCCCUGUAGAGCUGCACACUUGUGCCUCUGUAGAGCUGCUCACCUGUGCCUCUGUCUCUGUAGAGCUGCUCACCUGUCCCUCUUCCCCUGUAGAGCUGCACACUUGUGCCUCUUCCCCUGUAGAGCUGCACACCUGUGCCUCUUACCUUGUAGAGCUGCUCACCUGUGCCUCUGUCUCUGUAGAGCUGCUCGUCUGUGCCUCUUCCCCUGUAGAGCUGCACACCUGUGCCUCUUCCCCUGUAGAGCUGCACACUUGUGCCUCUGUAGAGCUGCUCACCUGUGCCUCUGCUCCUGUAGAGCUACUCACCUGUGCCUCUGUAGAGCUGCUCACCUGUGCCUCUGCUCCUGUAGAGCUACUCACCUGUGCCUCUGUCUCUGUAGAGCUGCUCACCUGUGCCUCUGUCUCUGUAGAGCUGCUCUCCCUGAUGCUGAGCCUGGUCUUUAACACUAAAGAUGUUUAGUUCUGUCCACUGUAGCAUCCCUGACUGUAAAUAAUGUAAAUAAUCAUAACACAAAGAACAGUGCAGUACACCGCAGAACCAUCACAGAACUAACAACACACAACACAAAGAACAGUGCAAUGCACCGCAGAACCAUCGCAUAACUAACAACACACAACACAAAGAACAGUGCAAUACACCGCAGGACUAACAACACACAACACAAAGAACAGUGCAAUGCACCGCAGAACCAUCGCAGAACUAACAGCACUGUGUGCUGAUCAAGAGUCUCUGUGGAGUGGUUAUCCAGGGCUAACAGUAUUGUGUGCUAAUCAGGCUGUAGUGAGUUCUUGAUGAUAAAUUUGAGUAUGAUAUAUAAUUCAGUGACUGCUUUAUUAGGUACGCCUAUCUGAAUACCAGGUAGGACCCCCUUUUGCCUUCAGAACAGCCUGGAUUCUUCAGGGCAAGGAUCCAACAAGGUGCUCUAAACAUUCCAUAGGCCUUUUGGUCCAUGCUGACUCGACAGCAUCAUACAGCUAAGAUUUUUCAACCACAUCUCCAUUCUAUCUCAUGCCAAAUGUGCUGUGUUGCAGGCUUCUGUUUCUAGAGACCUCAAAGGUUUCAUUUCAGUCCUAAUUUGGCACACCUAAUUUUACAAAUUAGCAGCUCAACGAGAACUCUACCUGUUGAACGAGGUGUGCUUUGUUAGGGAUGGAGUGAUCCUACAGGACGGUCGAUCUGCAGGAACAGGGUUGGCCAGCCCUGCUCUAUUGGAUGGAGAUCUGGGGACUGUGGAGGCCAUUGGAGUAAACUGAAGUCACUGUCACGUUCAUGGAACCAACUUGAGAUGAUACAUGCUUCGCAACUUGGCACAUUAUCCUGUUGGAAAUUUCCAUUUGAAAAAGGGCAGACUGUGACUAUAAAGGGAUGCACAUGCUCAGCAGCAAUGCUUAAGGAUACUGUGGCAUUCAAAUGAUGGUUGGUCGGUAUUCAGGGGGCUAAUGUGUUUACACAAGGCAGCAUCACAACAUAGCACAGCAGAAAUCAAGAUCUCAAAUCAUCCAGUUUUGAUGAUCACAUGACCAAUGCAGCCUCAUCUUUCUUUUCUUACCCGACAGAAGUGGAACCCAGCAUGGUCUUCUGCUGCUGUAGCCCAUCUGCUUCAAAACACAAUGUUGUGCGUUCAGAGAUGCCCUUCUGCACACCCACUAUUGUUACUUGAGCAAUUGAGGCCUUUCUGUUAGCUUGGAUGUG